UCGUUGCACGUCAGGCUUUCCCAAACCUCCCGUCCCUGCGGAUUGCGGCCGCGCGAGGAGACGGAGGCUCGUUCGCCGGCCACCAUCACCAUGUCCUCCUCCCUCGCGCUCUCGCUCCCACCCCGGUGCGCGCUCCCCCUCCCGCCACUUCGCCUCGCCCCCAAGCACCCAUCUCUCCGCGCCAACCAGUGCCACCUCCUCCUCCGCACGACCGAGCGCCCGCUCCCCCCGCCCCGCCGCCUCCUCCUCCCCCCUAGGGCUUCGUCGUCCGCCACAACCCCCGCCGAGCCGGCGCGUGAGGGUGGCGCGGGGGGGAAGAAGGUGCCCGGGUUCCGCAACAGGUUCCUGGACCUGGCGCGGCUUGGGGCCGUGGCGGAGGGCGCGGCGGAGGCCUUCUUCCGCAGCGAAAUACGGCGGCGGCUUGCCGUCACGGCCGUGCUCAUCGUGCUCAGCCGCGUCGGCUACUUCGUGCCGCUUCCUGGGUUCGACCGCCGCCUCAUCCCCGACUCCUAUCUCAGCUUCGCCCCGCUCCCUGCAGAUGACCUCGUUGAUUUUGCUUCUGAACUGAAGCUAUCAUUUUUCCAGCUGGGAAUCAGUCAUCAGAUAUCAGCAUCGAUUGUGAUGCAGGUUCUUUGCCAUGUUCUUCCAUCACUUGAAAAGAUUCGCAAGGAAGGAUUAGACGGGCAUGAGAAGAUCAAAAGCUAUAUAUGGUGGCUAUCACUGGGUUUUGCAAUUGUGGCUGCUUGUACUGUGUCAUGCUAUUCGCUGCAGUACUCCAUAUAUGCAGCAAGUUACAGGGUUAAGCAUGUCAUAUUAACAAGCUUUCUGCUUGUCCUCGGUGCAAUGUCAACGACUUGGAUCUGUGACACCAUAACGGAAUCUGGCUUUGGGCAUGGCUCAUCUUUGAUUAUCUGUGUUGGAAUAUUGACUGGUUACACAAAUACACUACACAAGAUGCUAACUCAAUUUUCAGGAAAUGUGCACACAUCUUGGCCCUACAUCUUGGGAGUAGCUGGGAUCUUUAUGAUGGUUACCAUGGGGGCAGUGUUGGUGACUGAAGGAUGUAGGAAGAUAAAGCUUCAGUACUAUGGAUUCAAGUUGGCUUCUAGUGCCAGGAACGAAAACUCCCCAGUUACAGAGGUUGAGCCAUAUAUCCCCUUCAAUAUAAACCCAACAGGGAUGCAGCCUUUGCUUACAACCUCAUACUUACUUGCUUUUCCAAGCAUUAUGGCUAGCAUUUUCCGUUCACCAUUUUGGGAAAACUUGAAGGAAAUUUUGAAUCCAAUGACUUCAGCUGGUGGUAGUCCUUGGGUUUAUUAUUUGACCUAUGCGUUUUUCGUCUUCGUCUUCAACAUUUUUGACAUUCCAGGAGAGGGUUUCAUACCAAGUCUGCCUGGCGAAGGGGCAUUCCAGGAGGAGGUGGCGCAUCGUCUCGGGGGCUUGGUCGCAGAGUGGGCAUGGCGGCUGAUGCUGGAGACCUCGUCUAGUGAGGCGAUCAGCCGUCCAUCACCUGUCCUGGUUGGCCAACCAGUGGAAGAACUUCACUCGCGGCGGCACCCAAUUCUUCCAAAUGAGCUUCCACGAGAAACACGUCGUGGAUCCCUGGAAUGUGGCGAGGUAGCAGUAACUAGCAGAGCCAACUUACCAAAAGAGAUAUCUGACUACCUGAAUAAGAUGAGUGCCAGAGUGCCAAAGAUAAAGCCUGGAAGAGCCACAGUAGAUUAUCUUACAAAGAUACAAACAUCGACGCGUUUCUGGGGAGGUCUACUGCUGAGCUUGCUGGCAACUUCCUCGUUAUUACUUGACAGAUAUCUCAGACAAAUAAAUGAGGGGUUUUCUAUAGGUUUCACAUCAGUCUUGAUUAUUGUGGGCUCAAUUAUUGAACUGAGAAGGUCCUAUCAAGCAUAUAAUGUUAUGCCAGCACUAAGCAAAGUUUUGAAGAGAUACGGUGCUUAAGGUUAUGCAAACACAUAUGGUUGUGAUACCGGUUCCAUCCAGCUGGGUUUACAAGCUUACAACAUAUCCAUGUGUCUCAACCUUUGAGUAAAUCUUGUCGUCAACAGCUUGAAGUACCACACAAGCUGCUGUCGGUAUGGAUUGGAAUGAUAGAGAAUUGGUUCUGGAUCGGUCCUCAAGGUUGUACUUGGACCGAAGAACCAAUGAGGAUGUCCAGCCGUUUAUUUCUGCGCAAGGAUAUCCAUCUUUCUUAGUACAGGGAUGAUGAAGGAGCUGCGCCAUUGUGCCUUUGGGCACCGCAAUGCUUGAUGACUUGUGUCUAGACAUAUCUUUUUUUUGCGAUGAAUGUCUAGACAUAUCUAGACGUAUUUUAAUUCUAGAUACAUUCAUUUUUAUCCAUUUAUGCGACAAGUAAUUUAGAACAGGGGGAGUACGAAGCUACCAAAGGCGACCUGCAUUUCGGAACGUUUGUAUGAAACAGUGUAUUAACAAGGAUAUUUUUGCUUUGUUUAUGUGUAACUGGAAUCUCUCUGUAGGUGUAGUAGGGUUAUGCAAGUCGGGUUGAUGUAAUAAUUUACUAAUACCUGGAAAUCCAGAUUAUGGUUUAUAUGACA